AUGACAGAAAAGGAAAUUAUCGAAAAGGAAAUCAAGGUCUGCACUGACCAGGAUGUGCUCAAGAAUGCCAGAAUGGAAGAAGGUUAUCUUGUUAGAAGUUGGAAGGUGUCCCUGUUUGCAGUUGACGACCUGGGACAAAAGUCCCAGAUAAAUUUCGUUGAAAAAGUCGAGUAUCAUUUACAUCAUACUUUUGCGAAUCCUAUUCGGAUCUUCAAAAAACCACCGUUCACACUUUCAGAAAAGGGAUGGGGUGAGUUUGAUAUGCAAAUUGUUUUGCAUUUCACCGAUAAAAGUGUUCCACCAAAGACCUUAGAACACGAUCUCAAUUUCAAACACAAUCAUUAUGAGGUGCCGCACAUGCUGAAUUUAUUAUUUCCCGAGUCACAACAACUCGAAUUAUCAAAGACAAAAAAUGGACGCACCAAAAGAACUAGAACUGCACUUACGACGUCAAAAAAACGCAGCAAAUCCGAAAAUUAUGGUCAAUCGGAAGAAAAUAACAAUAAUGGUCAGAAAAAUCAUCAAGAAUCCAUAAAAUCUCGAGAUAUUUAUUCUCCCCUGACAGAAAAUCCCGUGUCACCCGAGUCACCGGAUCGUACGGCAUCUUCAUCUAUUUCUUCGCCAAAGUCUUGGCCUGAGUCAUCUCAAAAAUCAUCACCGAAAUCAUCAGCCAAAUCGUCACCGGAAUCAUCACGUGCUAUUACAUUUAAUAACGACAAAGAGAUUUACUUUAAAGUGAAUUAUGAAAAGUUAGCUGAAAAUUUAUACGCAUUAGAAGGUGAUGAUAUUCUUAGGGUGAUUGAGAUCGUGAAAUCACAGAAGACGAGCGAUAUGUAUAUUAAUGACGAGAUUGAAGGUGAAUUUCAUCUUGAUCUUUAUACGCUCGGAGAUGAUUUGUUAAAGACUCUAUGGGAAUUCACUAAAACUGUCCUCAAGAGUUAUGCACAAUCCUCGAAUCGGACGCCACUAUAA